UUUGAGGCCAUGAGAAAUCACAUGUUGUUACUCCUAUUUCUCAUCAACUCCUGCCUCGCUUUUUAUCUCCCAGCCAUUGCACCAGUAAACUACUGUGCGGUUCCCACAGAUACAUGCAAGAACACCAUCCUACCGGUGCUUGUUAAUCGAUUGGACUCUACAGAGUCAGCCAUUCCCUAUGAUUACACAAAGUUCGAUUUUUGUCCAAUCGACAAAUCUAAAGCCCCUCCAUCAGAAAACUUAGGACAGGUUCUCUUUGGUGACAGAUAUCAUGUCUCUGAAUACCAGAUUCAGUGGAAGAAAUCGGAAACAUGUAAAAAGCUGUGCGACAAAACGUACAAGCAGGAUAAUAAGGAUGACCUCAGUAACCUAGAGGCAAUAAAGAAGAUUAUAGCUCAAGAUUAUCAACAACACUGGGUGGUAGAUAACAUGCCAGUAGCUUGGUGUACACAGAACACUAACUCCAAUCAGAAGGAUAUCUGCACUACCUCAUUCCCUGUGGGAUGUUUCAUUGACAAGAACGGACAAACUCUAAGCAGAUGUGACCCCCCUCAUGUAAGUGGAAAGGAGUACUACUAUCUUCUGAACCAUGUUGAGAUUACGAUAGAGUAUAAGAGUAUGAACGAUGGAUCUGGCCGAGUUGUCGCCGUCAAAAUCAAACCUACCUCACACGCCAGCUCAGGAGAGGGUGAAUCCUGCAGUAACUCCCAAGCUCUGGCUCUAGAGUUCGACUCCUCUGGGUCUCUCACCGUGCCCUACACCUACUCAGUAACAUGGGUAGAGAACAACAAGGUAGAGUGGGCCUCUAGGUGGGAUUAUCUCCUCAACUCAAGUAACCAAGUCAACGUACAGUGGUAUAGUAUCCUAAACAGUAUAGUGAUAGUGUUAUUCUUAAGUGGGAUGGUUGCUAUGAUCUUACUGAGGACCCUUCAUAGAGAUAUUGCCAGAUAUAACCAACUUGAUCCCGAGGACCCGCAAGAAGAGUUUGGUUGGAAGUUGGUACAUGGAGAUGUAUUCAGGCCGCCCAGGAAGGGUAUGAUGCUGAGUGUCCUGAUCGGAAGUGGAGCUCAGGUCUUCAUGAUGAUCUCUGUUACACUCGUGGUAUCGUGUCUUGGUUUCCUGUACCCUGGUAACAGAGGGUUCCUGCUCAGUAUGGGUGUGGUCAUGUACGUCUGUUUCGGAUCACCUGCCGGCUACUUCUCUGCUAGGAUUUACAAGAGUUUUGGAGGAGAGAAGUGGAAGAGUAAUGUGCUGCUCACUGCUUUCUUUGUUCCUGCGAUUGUUUUCUCCGUGUUCUUCGUACUAAAUCUGGUUCUCUGGGGCGAAGGAUCCUCGUCAGCUGUACCAUUCGGAACACUUUGCGGUGUCUUGGCUCUAUGGAUUUGCGUAUCUGUGCCACUUACCUUCGUUGGUGCAUUCUUUGGAUUCCGGAAGGAAGCUAUCACCUACCCGACCCAAACAAACCAGAUUCCUCGUCACAUUCCUGAACAGUCAUUUUACACGAAGAGAGUUCCUGGCAUUCUUAUGGGCGGAGUUUUACCUGUGGGCAGCGUUUUCAUUCAGCUUUACUUCAUCUUCAACAGCAUAUGGGCUCACCAGAUCUACUACAUGUUCUGGUUCCUGUUCAUCGUGUUCCUGAUCCUGGUGAUCACGUGUGCUGAAACCACCAUCCUCCUCUGCUACUUCCACCUCUGUUCGGAGGACUAUCACUGGUGGUGGAGAGCUUACCUGAGCAGCGGCUCUACAGCUCUCUACUUCUUCCUAUAUUCUAUUUACUUCUAUGCAGAGCGGCUACAGAUGGAAGGUGCUGCGUCUCUCUUCAUCUUCUUUGGUUACACCUUUAUCAUGGCCAUCUAUUUCUUCCUUUUGACUGGUUUCGUGGGAUUCAUGUCAUGCUUCUUCUUCAUCAACAAGAUCUACUCUGUUGUCAAGACCGACUAGGUUGACACUAAUAGAGGUUGAGUUAGAAGCUAGGGGAGAAGAAUGCGAAGAAUUCGAUACAUCAGAAGUGCAUUUUAUUAUCUGAUGAACGCCUGUAAAAGUACUGGCAUUGGUCCUUCCAGAUAAGAGUAAGGCUGUCUGGGCUCAGGAUUGUGUCUAAUUUUAUCUGGGUGAAGAGUUUGAACUGGUGAUAUUGAAAUAGAUAAAAAAUGUUAUUUUAAGGAAAGCAUGUGAAUACUAUUCCGGGAUACAAAUACGAUUAAAAUUACUUUUGAUAAGAGAUCAUAUCCAGUAAAAAUUUCACUGAUUAGAUUUCCCAAAAAGAAAUUCCGGCUUACUAUGUUGAAACGUAUGCUACACUUCCUCAUUUCGGCUAAUAUCUUCCCUUAAAACUAUUUGUAAGGGACAACGGUUAUAUUUUCAGUUUUAUAUUUGUUGUGCAUGCUUGUCAAGUAGGCAUUUAGUUUUACGAGUAGGUGAUAUAAGUAACCCAGAAUUUUGACUAGGAUAAUUGAUGCAUGUUGAUUAUUCGGAUAGAGUGAUAUCUGAACGAAAUACUUUGAUAGUACAAUAGUAUUAUUGUGUAGUGUUUAUUUAUAUAAUGUUCGUUCUGUCAUUCAAAACCAGCUGGUCUAUAACAAAAAAGUUCCAAGCUUAAUUAAUCUGCAUUUUUGGAGCUGCAUUCGCUAUCGUCGGUCUAUUAUUUUCUCAAAUCCCACAGAAUUCAAAUGUUCAUAAAAUGUAAAAUUAAAAAUCUAGCGCAUAACAAUUUGUUUCGUUAGGCAAUAUUCGGUUAAUAAAAUCUGUACAACUUUUUUGUUUGAAUGUUAUUGAAUGAACGAUAGAAAUUUAAGCUGAA